UUGUAAAUCCUUCCGUAAUCUAAUUUCAAUGGCUUGUUGUGGAGAAGGCGAAUGGAAAUCAUCAUCAGACAAUCAGAGUGCUGUCGUUUUUAGAAUGAGAUUGAGUCAUCAAAUACCGAGUUAUAACUGUGAAAAGCACUGUAAAUUAAACAUUCUAAAUAGUUUUUCAAGAAUAAGUUGUUAAAAAAAGGUGCAGCCAGGUUUUUUGCAUGAUUGAAAUUCGGCCUCAUCUGUUCAAUUCUCAUCACACAGAUCACAUCAGAGACAGAGUGUAAUUUGCACAUGUAACGUUAGAUAUAGAUCGAAAUAGCUGAUUUGUAGAAGGAUAAUUGUAUACAUGCAAAAUAUAUGUGCCAAAAUUAUGAACAAGGUUUGGACUACCACUACCAGUACUGCAGUAAAACUUGCCGACCGACCGUUGCAUCUAACGUUAGGAUUGGGAAUAUAUUUCAUCAAGCCUGCUUGCGCUCUUCCUUUGCUGAUUCAUAGACAUAAUCUUAUCCAGCUACAUCAUUUAUAAAUUGGCACUUUGAAGCAUAGAGAUUUGCCAGAGUCAAAAGAGAGUAACUUGCUUUUUCCAGCAACAAAAAAAGAAGAAGAAAAUAUUGCAGCUCAACGAAUAUAUCGUAUUUCCAAAUUUGUUAGAAUUGCCAACACUUUUUGCAGACCAAGAUGAAGCUUCUUGAGAAUCCAAAAUUGGAAGCCAUUAGUGAAGCUCUGGCCAUGGAAAUGGGAGAAUGCAGGAUUCUUGGAAAGGUGGAAAGUUACUCCUGUAAGAUGGCUGGUCAGGACAAACGUCUUUUCAAGCUUCUGAGCCAGGAGAAUGGUCACUCUCCUAGUGAGUUACAGGCCCUCUCACCUCCUCAGAGCACACUGACAGUCCAGCAUCCAAACAUUGUCAGUCGUAGCAGUGGGGACGAAGCAGGGGGACCCUUGUGCCAUACCUGUAGCAGGAAGAUGAUCUUCUAUCUGAUCUCGACGCUCAAUGCUGCAUUUCACCCCGAUUAUGAUUUCAGUGAUGCAAAGAGUGAUGAGUUCAGUCGAGAGCCAAGCUUGGACUGGACUGUGAAUGCAGUAGAUGGGAAUCUGUUCUCUGCUGGCGGGGAGCUCUACACCACUCAGAUCAGGCCAAAGCUCUGGGCUGCCAUCAAUGACGAAAUCAGCGCCACAGAAUGUGAGAUCUACAGCUACAACCCAGACCUUUCUUCUGAUCCUUUUGGAGAAGAAGGUGUCCUGUGGUCAUUCAAUUACUUCUUCUACAACAAGAAACUGAAAAGGAUUCUCUUCUUCACUUGCAGGGCUACAAGGAGGGACCUUUGCCAUGAUUCUGGCCUUGGUCAUGACCUGUCCUUGACUGUAGGUGACGAUGAUGAUCUGUUAAUGGAUUCUGAUGGAGACAGCCAAGAAGAUGUGGAUUACUAUGCAGGAGAACCAGUGUACUGUGGAAGCAGGAUGGAAGUAUUCUAGAGCACCGGAUUAGAAGUCUCGUUCCACGAUGGACCGCAGUGAAGUGUUACCAAGCUUAGACUUCAUUUCUCAUCAUUUACUUCACCAAUUACUAGUAUUCAUUCCAAUGUGGAUUAAUAACCACAUUUCUCUGCUCAAGCUACCACUCUUUUUUAAAGCUAACAAUAGCUUAACCCUAUGUCAGGCUUUAUAUCCAGUCACUAAUAUUAAUUCUAACCACAUAUAUAAUCUGAUGUUCAGUCAUUGGUUUGCAUUUUAUAUUUUCAGAAGGUGAGAAAUGUAAAGUACUUCUGAAACAAAUGCAGUCAUGCAAUAUCAAAGUUUUAUCAACAGUUAUUUUGAUGUAUUUAACCAAUACACUGUAGAUAAUUUAAUGUAAAGGUGGGAAAAAAAAUAUCACAGCAACACAGAGUGGGGAAAGAGUGUCAAUGUCUUUGAAGAGUUUAUAAAAGUGGUUUUACUUAAUGACAUUUUAUGUUCCUGAGAGAUUGGUCAUUGCAAUUUAUUUUCUUUGAUCUUGAUCAUCUUCAAACAUUUUUUUUUGCAAUCUGCUUUAUGCCUGAAGAUAGACCAUUGAUUUUUUUUUGGUUUUACAGCAUAUGAUUUAUCAAAGAAAAUGAGUGCAAUUUAGCCAUGCCAUAAUUGUCAUGUGGAAUUUCUGUAAUGCUUUGCAAAAGUGGUUACCAUUCUUCUGAAAACAAUGAAAUAAAUGUGGUUGAAUUGCUUU